GAACCUCUACGGUUGGAGUGGCCAUUAUCACCUACGGGGAAAGCAUUACCCAGCUAUCUACGGCUACUUCAUCACCUCGUUCUGCUAUGAUAACACUGCACGGUCAGCAGUGGGCGGCUGGUAACUUGGAAGGUGUUCAGGUCCCCUUCAACAACCCAGAACCAUUUCGCCACGAUAGCCCACGGGCAACCGUCAUGAUUGCUCUUUGCAAAGCGGUUACGCUUGCUGGGUACGUGAUGUGCUUGAAACGGUUGCGAUGUUGAGCUGUCCGACUCGGAGUUAUCCAUUCCCAUCGGCUGUUCUAGUGACUAAAGGUACUAGGCACGGUAGCUUCAGUCCACGCGUUCCAGUGUGCGGACCGCCCCCCAAUGUGUGGACCGCCCCCGCAGUUACAUUCGCCGACGGGCACAGGCGGUCUAGUUGGCGAUUACAAGGUCAAGGUCAAGCGCCUAUGACGCCUAUGGGCUCACAUAAGACAUGGUCCAAAACACUCACCCUACUCGGCCUGAUCCCGACUGUGUCUAUCACAGUUUCUCUGGCUUCGGGCCCAGGAACGCCAUGUUGUUCAAGGGCGUUGUUUUGAAUUUUCUGGCGGAACGCGAGACACUGAGGAAGCUCGGGAUGCACAUGAAGUUCGAUGUCUUCGAGAUGCAGUCCGAGGUCAACGCCAGCUCAGGCAACGCCUUCCAGGUCGACUGCGAUGCAACGAUAAACACAGGAAUACCUGGUCGCGUCCCAUCUCAGGCAACCACGUUGGAUAGGGUUCCCUCAGAAUAUCAGCACAUUGUCGCUGCCGCUGGUGAUUUGGCAAGUUUUGCCACUCAGGAAUUAGCGCCUGCUGCGGAUAAGCACCGUGACGAGCUUCGCAAGCGCAAUCCCGCCGCGUAUGCACUCUUUAUUCAGUCACUCCGUGAAGACAAUUCCAUUGAUGUCUCCUUGCCUUGCACUACCCGUGGUACCGUCGGCAAGAUCCAUCGCGAUUCCAUCAAAAAGGUACUUGACUUCGUGGUGAAGGAGGUUCCUGAGAUACAGAUCGAGUUCCACUAUGAGCACACCGUUGUUGAUGCCGAUUUCACUCUCCCUACUAAGCCCAAACUACUUGUCUGCAGAAACGGCGACCGAGAGGCAAAACUCUACUCAUUCGACUUCGUGCACCUCGCCAAUGGUACCACCUGGAAGGUUCCUGUUUCGGAGUCGGUUGCUCCGAAGGCUUUCUCUGAGACGCCCAGCCUCGAGUCUAUCGGCCGGUUCCUUUCGCAGCAAGGGCUUCUUGACGAGCAUCGCCUUCUCAGACCUAAUACCAAGCUGAGAAUGGGUAUCACCGGCAUGUCCUUAUCAGCCUAUGAUCCCGUCGCCAUCAUCCUCCAGUACACGAAGAUGAUCUAUACUACUGAUCGUGGCUACGAGAUAGACGAGGACGUGGCCAGCCAGUACCAGGGUCUGCUCACUUUCAUCAGCCGCUCGAAGGGUAAAGUUGCUCCCCCUCGUCACCGCUUCACUCGUGCAUGGCCUGGCAAAAAGGUUCCCGACAACCAGUCGUUCAUGGACACAUAUCAGGCGCACGCCAUGUUCCUGCAGAAGAACUUUGAUUGGCUCUCUUUCGCCCGCGAGCUUCUCUACCAGG